AAACUGGACCGGAUAUCCAACGAGCAGGUAACGCCAAGAGUUUCUGCAGAAUGGGGCUCUUCUGGCUGGUCAGCACCAGAGGUCUACGUGGAAAUUCAGGACACCACAUCGGAUCUCAGCAGCGAAGUCAUCAAAGUAAAUUCAACGGACCUAAUAGCCGAAGGACCCAAAUUAAUUGUUCGUGCCGAAGAAGUCCUCAUUGUUCUUCUUGUCCUGAUACUUUGGGUGGCGGCAAUCGCAUUAUUCUUUAAUCGUUGGGGGAAAAUUCGUAUGCUCGAACCCUAUCAACCGAAAUUCCAACAACAACACAGGUCUUCCUGUCCACUUGUAGAUUUGGACUCACUGCAAUCACAUCCGAGAGCGUCCGUGUCUAGGAUGUCGAUGGGCAUGGCCAUCCCCAUACAAAUGCCACCGUGUCAAUUUUCUAGCUUUACUAGUAACAUCGGAACGUUCCCACAUUCGAGAGGCUAUGCAACCUUUGCACGACCUCGUCAAAAUUCUGUAUUCGUUGGACCACAAGUGACAGUGCCCAAACCGCCACGUAAAACUCGCUCAGCAAUGGAUCUUCAUUCGAUGGUUGAAGAAGGACCGGAACCAGUUUGAAGUUCACUAAAACCGCAUCAAGUUGAAAUUCACUAUUUUUAAGGUAACAAUGGACUGUGAAAAGAAAUGCUUUAGUCAAUGGCUUUUGAAGCUUUCACUUAGGAGAAGACCAUUUGCAAAAAUCUAAGGAAAAUUUCAGAUUUUCUUGCCUGUGAUGAGUCCUGCACGCAAUAGGCUAGAAACUUGCACAUGUAUUCUUCGAUGUAUUUAAAACGGAUCAAAACGUAUUUAAGAUAAAUCUAGAGAUUGUUGCGAUUGCUAUGAUUGAACAUUGAAAAGCGAAGUGUCAAGGUAUGGAUGAGUUUACGAAAUUUCGGCUUUAAAAAUGUAAGCGAAGAUGAAUGUCAUUGGACUUGAUAAAAAUGGAUAUUUAUCUAUAAUACAAGUUAGGACAUAAAUUUCAUUACUUUCUAGACAAAGGAAGAUUCGGAUUAAUAUUAUAAUAAGGACGGAAAUGAAGCAAUAUCUUAAUAUUGACAUGAACUUGAUAUAAAGAUGAAGAUAGAACUAACACUAAUCCCAAAAUUAAGCAGUUCCCAUUUGACAUCACAGUCAACUUAAUUUUAUAAAUAAUAUAGCCGGAAAAUAUGCCGAUGAUGAUGCCGGU